CUGUCUUUAUGUUGACGAGUGCCCGCAAGGCGACGGGUGGGGGUUGGCUUGCACUGCGCGGGGAGCUGAUCAUCGCCAGCGGAAGACAAUCGCUAGCGAGUUCUUCUUAAGCGUUGUGGCAGUCCGCUUUCGUUCACGGGAGCGGAGCGCAUCGGAUCGUCAGCGAAUGGCGCCACGUGGACAGCAACGACCGACGAAACGCACUGGGUCCGGCGAAGCGGGUGCCGACCAAACAGGAAGGGGGCACGUCCCGAAGUCGAAGAAGCUCCGCGCGGGAGACGGGUCGGAAGGCGAGACGGGAGGUGAGGGGGGAGAGGAGGUGACGCCUAUUAACAUCACGGGCGGAGGGACGCCUACGCGUGGGUUCGAGCGAGACGGUGUGAGCAGGGAGCGUAUGCUUGCGCUCACCAACCUUGGCAUCCUACCGUCUUUGCGGAUCACCAGCGCUGGCGGGACGACGUGUCCGCAAGGGGUUGUGAUCGGUGACAUUCUGCCGCAGAGGGCCGUGGGUUCUACAUCUACCAUCGCAUCCGUGUCGGAGCGCGGCGAUAAAGGUACAGUCACUGGGUCUCCACCGCGCCACGUGGAGGCCUUGAACACGACGAUCAUUGGCGCUUCGUCGACGACUGUCCUUCAUUCCGCGCAAGCACCGAGCGCCACUGUCCAUGCCGCCGCCGCCACUGCUGGAGAAAGGCGAGAAGAUCGGAGGGUGGAAGAGGCGACGAGAAAACAUGAGAGGAGGGAGGAGAGUCCGCUUGGGGAGGACGAGGACGACCAGCCUCUGAGCACGAGGAAGGAAAUGUCCCGCAAGGAGGAGGAGUUGGAAGCGAAAUGGAAGCUUUGGGUAGACGGGAAAACGUUCUGGGUAACCGGUCCCGGACUGAUGAUCGCGGACGCUGUGCAUUCCUGCACGGACUACUACUGCGCGAUCGUCAAUGGAGAUGCAGGCGCCAGCGCUCCGCAAGGCCUCAUCAUGCCGUCCCCCGAAGUCCCGCGCCUGCGGAUCGAAGAUGGCCCGCAGCGAGAGCUAGCUCUGCGACGGGCGAGACGAACGAACAACAUGGCAAUGCGCGCCAUCCACGGCUGGAUAUUCCGGUCGUCUUCAAGGUACGAAUCGGAUGGUUUCGCCCGCGCGGAGUCAUACGUCGCCGUGGAUUACCCCACCGACCUGGCGAGAGCAGUCUGGCAGAGCUUGGAGUGGUCCAGGAUUGUGCCGCCCAGCGUGGUUUACCACACGGUCGCUUUGAAGAUGGACAUCCCGUUGUGGUUCGCCGGGGCGUAUAUCGAGGACAGGCCGGAGGACGAUGACAUGGUCGCGCACCAGGAGGCGACUGUGAUGCAUCUGGCGUCCUGCUUCCACGACGCGCUCCGGGUCGGGCAGUGGUGGGACGGCGGUAGAUUGUCCCACCAGAGACUGAGCAGAAUCGGGGAUGCUUUCCGCCUGCUUCUCGCGACGUACAUGUGGAUCAUGCGCAUGGGAGGCGACGAUGCGCGCUCCUACGACGAGGCGUCGUACUACGCGCAGCUAGUGGCAAAGCCGACUCUAGUGGCGUUCUGUUCAUCGUCCUUCAACUGGCGCAGCCAUGUGAUGCACUCGGCUAACGCAGUGUUAAGCCGCCUACGGAAGCCAUCGUUGACGCUGGGCGCUUUCCCUUACUACAUCCCGGAGUGGGUUUCGUGCAGAGUGCGGUUCAACUACCACGCUGGACUGGCGGACCCCAACGUCGCGGCGAGAAUGGAGUGGAUGGGGACGGGACCUUUUGAAGGCGAUCGAAAGGGGGACGGACCACAAGACGAAACAGUAGCGUGAAUGUCCUCAUUAUGGCCGUCUUGCGUGACAUGGAAGAAGGCAUCGCCCGUGGAGUGAAGCGGUCCAUCGUGAAGAUGUUGGUUGUCGAUGUGAUGAACACUAUGAUCACUAUAGCUCAAUACGAACAACUCUGUCGGCAAGCCGAUGAACUGACCCAAUGAUCGAUUGAUCGGUUAGCCGGCAAGCUUGUCCAAGCUAUGGUUCAACGCUCCAGGUAGUCGGGCACAGGGGGUGGAGUGGGUUUCGGUGUGUUGAUGAAAGCGCAGUGAAAGGUCCAAAAAAAUCGAAUGCACAUUUGGAUCCUGGUGAGGAGGCAACACAUCAAUGAAACGCGCACACAUCG